CGCAGCCACCAAUACGAUGCAGAGGCGAACCUUCCGCCACCUCAGCCGCCUCGAGUUGAAGUGGUCCAGGGCCUUCCAUUUUCCAAAACCCCUCGGGCUGCGCAAGAACAUGACCACCAACGCCAAGCAAACGACCUGGUUCAGCGAGACCGAAGCCAUGUGGCCGGGCCAAAAGUUCUGCCUCGCGCAGGAAGAAGUGCUCUUUCACGGCAAGUCGGACUUCCAAGACGUGCUCGUGUUCAAGUCCGAAACGUACGGCAACGUGCUCGUGUUGGACGGUGUGAUCCAGGCCACGGAACGCGACGAGUUUGCGUACCAAGAAAUGAUCACGCACUUGCCCUUGUACUCGCACGCGAACCCCAAGUCGGUGCUCAUCGUCGGCGGUGGUGACGGAGGUGUCGCGCGCGAAGUCGCCAAGCACACCGGCGUGGAGAAGAUCGUCAUGUGCGAGAUCGACCCCAAGGUCACGGAAGUGUCCCGCAAGUAUCUCCCCAAGAUGUCUGCCUCGUUGGAAGACCCUCGCUUGACGUUGUUGUUCCAAGACGCCGCCGAGUACUUGCGCUCGGGCGAAUGCGGCAAGUUCGACGUGAUCAUCGUCGACUCGUCGGAUCCGGUGGGCCCCGCCGAAGUGUUGUUCCGCUCGGAAUUCUACGAAAACCUCAAGAACGCGCUCAACCCGAACGGCAUCGUGUCCACCCAAGGCGAGUGCUUGUGGCUGCACUUGGACUUGAUCGCGGACGUGCUCGGCCGCGUGGGCCAGUUCUUCCCCACCGUCCAGUACGCGUACACGACGAUCCCGACCUACCCGUCAGGCCAAAUCGGGUUUGUCCUGUGCUCGCUGGACGACUCGGUGGACGCGUUGAACAAGCCCAAGCGCAUCGUCGACGCCAAGACCGCGGAAACCCUCGAAUACUACACGUCCAAGGUGCACGAAGCCGCGUUCGUCUUGCCCGCGUUUGCCGAGAAGAAGAUCAGCCCCGUCCGCAAAUCCCACCGCUCCAACCCUUAAUCGACCAAUAACGAGAUUGAUUAUUGUUGCAGUUCC